UGCCGCGUAUGUUCGGUUUGUCGGAACGUUGGUUCAACUCUGAUCUACGCACGCAGCCAGCGUCUAGUAGAAUAAGGAUAUGAGUUCGCAUAUCGCAGUAAAUAACAACCUAAUCAUCGCCACCGAUGCCAAAUAACACAGCAGUGGAGAUUACUCAUUACUUUGCAUCGGUUCUGAUCAAAAUUCACGGACCACACAAUACCCCCCUCUUACGGAGAGCGCGCAGUUCCCAGUCUUUUUUUCAUGCCCGGUGACGUCAACACCUCUUGCCUGUCUAGAAGUCACUACGACUGUGGAGCCGCUAGAAGGAUACACAAUUAACCAAGUGGGGUGAGACAGAGGGAGUGAGAGAAACACAGAAGACUUCAGUUCCAUUGCGUAACUGUAAAAAACGGGAAUAAUUGCACUGUAACUGCGGAACAAUAGUAUUGCUUUUACCCUGGAGCUGGGGGUAGCGUCCGCUGUACUCCCGCAAUGGAUAGAGUUUUAACUUGUCUGCUUGCUGUGAUCAGUUUACUGGUUUCAGUUCGAGGACAAGUAUUCAGAGGUGACUGCAACUUCGAGAGGUCCUACACAGAGUGCGGCUACAGCCAAGGCAAAGAUGAUGAUUUUGACUGGGAGCAGGUGAACACGAAACAGAAACCAUCAGCGGAGCCCUGGAUACCAACAGGUUCGGCCUUCAUGAUGGUAAACACUUCUGGAAGGUUCCCUGGACAGAAAACCCAACUGGUUGUUCCGCAGCUGAAGGAGAAUGACACCCACUGCCUCAUUUUUCAUUAUUAUGGAGCCAGCGGUGAGGGCGUGAGCCCUGGUCAGCUCAACAUCUACGUCAAAGAGAACAGUAGCCCUUUGGGCUUCCCUGUGUGGAACUCUUCAGGACCCGCCUUCCAUACAUGGAGGCAAGUUGAGCUGGCCGUCAGUAUCUUCUGGCCCAACUUUUACCAGCUCAUCUUCGAAGUUGUGACCUCAGGGCAGCCAGGGUUGCUGGCCAUCAAGGACGUCUCGCUUCAGGGACAUCAGUGCAUGAGCACCCCACACUUCAUGCAUAUUAAAGGUGUGGAGGUCAAUGCCAGGCAAACAGCCACAUUCCACUGCACCAUUAAUGGCCAGCCCAAGGACCACCUGAACUACAAACUUUGGUUACAGGGCAUCGGUGGACGAGAGGCCCUGAUGAAGGACACAAAGCCUGUGAACCCCAGACGCUAUAUGGCCACGUUUGAUGUGGAGAACACCACCAAGGGGGACUCUGGCCGCUACCGCUGCAUCGUCCAAUCAGACAAGGGAGUGGGUGUGUCCAGCUAUGCUGAGCUCAUAGUGAAGCAGCCACCAAUCCCUAUAGCACCACCUCAGCUGAUGGCAGUAGGAGCUACGUACCUGUGGAUCCAGCUCAACGCCAACUCAAUAAAUGGCGACGGCCCCAUCAUCGAGAAGGAGGUGGAGUACCGCACCAUGUCUGGCAGUCUGAUUGACAACCAACCUGUGGACAAGCCAAAUCACAAGAUCGGCCACCUGGACCCUGACACUGAGUAUGAGAUCAGCGUUCUACUCACCAGGCCCAACGAGGGGGGCACGGGCGCCCCGGGACCACCGCUGCGGGCCAGAACCAAAUGCGCUGACCCCAUGCAUGGUCCUCGGCACCUGGAGGUGGUCGACAUCAAAUCCAGGCAGAUUACUGUGCGCUGGGAGCCUUUCGGUUACAACGUCACCCGCUGCCACAGCUACAACCUGACCGUGGAGUACCGCUACAGGGUGAACAGCAAGGAGGAGACACGGGAAGAGGUCUGCUAUGACUUACCUAGCGCCUCGCCGCAGCACACCAUCCGCAACCUGUCCCCCUACACCAACGUCAGCGUCAAGCUAGUCCUGCGCAACCGUGAAGGCGUCAAGGAAAGCCAGGAGCUGGAUGUUCUUACAGACGAGGAUGUGCCUGGUGCCGUGCCUAUGGAGUCUGUCCAGGGGAGCACCUACGAAGAGAAGAUCGCCCUCAGAUGGCGUGAGCCCAUGCACACGUACGGCAUCAUUAAGCAGUAUGAAAUCUUUUACAAGGCUGUCAGCUCCUUUGACCCAGAGUUCAACUUGGCCAAUCAGAGUGGGAAGGUGUUGAAGUCCAGUAAUGAGACGUUGCAUACAUUUGUGGGGUUAUACCCAGGCUCCACCUACUCUUUCACAAUUCGAGCCAGCACUGUGAAAGGUUACGGCCCCCCGAUCAACACCCAGUUCACCACCAAGAUCUCACCCCCACACAUGCCUGCUUAUGACCAGGAGACCCCGCUAAAUCAAACAGACAGCAGUGUCACUGUGCUGCUGAAGCCAGCCAAGAGCAGAGGUGCACCUGUCAGCGUCUACCAGGUGGUGGUGGAGGAGGAGAGGCCGCGGCGGCUGCAGCGGGCUGCCGAGAUCCUGCGCUGCUACCCCAUCCCCAUCCACUUCCAGAACGCCACGGUGCUGAGCUCCGCCUACUACUACUUCACCGCCGAGUUCCCAGCCUCACGCAUCCAGAGCUCCGUGCCCUUCACCGUGGGAGACAACAAGACGUACAGUGGCUACUGGAACUCCCCACUGCUGCCCCACAAGAGCUACAGCAUCUACUACCAGGCUGUCAGCAAGGCCAACGGGGAGACCAAAAUCGAUUGUGUCCGUGUGGCAACUAAAGCUGCCAUUAUCGUGACCCAGCUCACCACGCCAUACAUACGCAUCGCCCCAGCCGCAGGCGACAACCAGCUAACAGGGGCAGCAACUAGAAAACCUGAUGCAGUGGAGCCAGAGAAACAGACAGACCACACAGUUAAGAUUGCUGGUGUCAUCGCGGGCAUCCUGCUCUUUGUCAUCAUCUUCCUGGGUGUGGUGUUGCUCAUGAAGAAACGAAGAACCUAUCACUCCUACACUUAUUACCUGAAACUGGCAAAGAAGCGUAAGGAGACCCUGAACAGCACACGGCAGGAAAUGACUGUGAUGGUGAACUCCAUGGACAAGAGCUACACAGAGCAGGGCACCAACUGUGAUGAAGCCAUCUCCUUCAUGGACACGCACAACCUCAAUGGAAGAACUGUCUCCUCACCUUCGUCAUUUACCAUGAAGACUAACACACUCAGCACUUCUGUGCCCAACACAUAUUACCCAGACCCUUUUGUGCCAACUGCUAUCUUAGUGCCAAUUAAUGAUGAGAACCACACGGUGACCAGUGACACCAGCAGCCUGAUGCAGUCACACACCCACUCCUAUAAGAAGAGGGAGGCGGUGGACGUGCCCUACCAGACAGGCCAGCUCCACCCAGCCAUCCGCGUGGCAGACCUGCUGCAGCACAUCACCCAGAUGAAGUGCUCUGAGGGCUAUGGCUUCAAGGAGGAGUACGAGCUAAAUGAGAGCUUCUUCGAAGGACAGGCUGCACCAUGGGAUUCUGCAAAAAAAGAUGAGAACAGGAUGAAAAACCGUUAUGGAAACAUUAUCGCAUAUGACCACUCUAGGGUCCGACUACAGGCUCUUGAAGGGGAGCAAAGCUCAGAUUACAUUAAUGCAAAUUAUAUUGAUGGCUACCAUCGACCAAAUCACUAUAUAGCUACCCAAGGGCCCAUGCAAGAGACAGUCUAUGACUUCUGGAGGAUGGUGUGGCAAGAGAACACAGCAACUAUCGUCAUGGUGACUAACCUGGUGGAAGUUGGAAGGGUUAAAUGUUGUAAGUACUGGCCUGAUGACACAGAGAUCUAUGGAGACAUGAAGGUGACACUGAUUGAGACGCAGCUGCUAUCAGAAUACGUCAUCCGAACCUUCGCUGUGGAAAAGCGAGGGGCUCAUGAGAUCAGGGAGAUCAGACAGUUCCAUUUCACCGGCUGGCCAGACCACGGUGUGCCCUACCACGCUACCGGCCUGCUAGGCUUCGUCCGCAGAGUCAAAGCCAAGAGUCCCGCCAACGCCGGCCCCAUGGUGGUGCACUGCAGCAGUGCUGGUGCCGGCCGCACUGGCUGUUUUAUCGUCAUUGACAUCAUGCUGGACAUGGCAGAACGCGAAGGUGUUGUCGACAUCUACAACUGCGUGCGAGAGCUGCGCUCGCGUCGAGUCAACAUGGUCCAGACAGAGGAGCAGUAUGUGUUUAUUCAUGAUGCCAUCUUGGAGGCAUGCUUGUGUGGGGACACCACCAUUCCUGCCAAUCAGUUGCGUUCAGUGUACUACGACAUGAACCGCCUGGAUCCUCAGACCAACUCCAGCCAAAUUAAAGAGGAGUUCAGAACUCUGAACAUGGUGACGCCCACCCUGCGUGUGGAGGAUUGCAGUAUCGCCCUGUUGCCCCGCAACCACGAGAAGAACCGCUGCAUGGACGUGCUGCCGCCUGACCGCUGCCUGCCCUUCCUCAUCACCAUCGAUGGAGAGAGCAGCAACUAUAUCAACGCUGCCCUCAUGGACAGCUACAAGCAACCAUCUGCUUUCAUUGUUACCCAGCAUCCUCUGCCCAACACUGUAAAAGACUUCUGGAGACUGGUCCUGGACUACCACUGCACUUCUAUAGUCAUGCUAAAUGAUGUGGAUCCAGCCCAGCUGUGUCCACAGUAUUGGCCCGAGAACGGUGUCCACAGACAUGGGCCCAUCCAGGUGGAGUUUGUUUCUGCUGAUUUGGAGGAGGAUAUUAUUAGUAGGAUAUUCCGCAUCUACAAUGCUGCACGGCCGCAGGAUGGCUACCGCAUGGUGCAGCAGUUCCAGUUCCUGGGCUGGCCCAUGUACCGCGAUACGCCCGUGUCCAAGCGUUCCUUCCUCAAACUCAUCCGCCAGGUGGACAAGUGGCAGGAGGAGUACGAUGGAGGCGAAGGACGUACCGUGGUGCACUGCCUGAACGGUGGUGGGCGAAGCGGGACGUUCUGUGCUAUCAGUAUAGUGUGUGAGAUGCUUCGGCACCAGCGAUCCGUCGAUGUGUUUCAUGCUGUGAAAACACUGAGGAACAACAAGCCCAACAUGGUGGACCUAUUGGAUCAGUAUAAAUUCUGUUAUGAAGUGGCACUGGAGUACCUGAGUUCUGGCUAAGGUGCCCUGAGACACUCCCCUGUCCCCGUCCCAUCUAUCCCAUGGCCCUUUCUUUCCUUGGAUAGAGACUAUACCACGCAUGAAUGUUAAAGGGGUGGACUUGAGAUGUGAAGAGGCACACUGCUUGGACCUCCAUGGCCAUGAUGUUGACUGAUUGUGGUCGUUCUAUGGUCCUCUCUGGAGAAACAGAGGACCGAACGCUUGCACUGCCCAACUGAAUUGUCCACAGUUUGAUCUUUGACCUGUAACCUUAGUCCCUCUCUUGUUCCUUCCUCUCUCUGUAUGUACAUUGCGGUGUGUGUUAGCCAGGUCAUGUGCGCCCACGCUCACAUGCCACGACCGUUCUUCUGCCAGCGCCACACUUUCCGCUCGUCUACGUCUGCUUCAUUCCUUUAUGUCGUCGCGUCUCCCUAAGCUUGCGGCUCUCCCUGUGACUCCUGUGUCUUGCCUGGUGGUCCUUGUUGGAUGAUAACUGUCAUUUCCAUUUUUGUGGAGAAUGCGAUGUAGACUAAUGUGGACGUGUUUCUUUUUUUUUUUUUUAUCACUGAUUUUUAUUUGAUUUUCUACUUCAGUUUCAUAGUUUAUAGGAGGCGGGAUGACGUGUAGCUAAACUUAAACUGGCAUUAAGAACACGGAUCCUAAAUGUUAUGUUGCCAUAAUUGUGAUUGCUUGCAAAAUGUUGUGUUAAAAAUGGAACACUGCUGAAGCUAUCCACAAGCAAGUUUAACGUCAUGUCAAAAAAUCCAAAGCUUAUAUCCGUGAUCAUUUGUUAAUACUGUAAAUACUUGAAGGUUGGCAGAUUAUUUAUUCAUUGAAAGUUUUUUGUGAAGCACAUUGAGUGACAAUCAUGAUUUUAUUUUUACCUUUUGUCAGGCUUGGCAUAAUAAUGGUGACCAGGAUGUAAUGUUAGCUUUUUAUUUAUCUUGUAUGGAAAAAUACAACUUACAAAUACAUACAUAUCUAUAGUGAGCUACUGCCUGUUCCUAUCCUUUCACUAGAGUUUGGAUACAGAUGGAGCACAGUCCAUAUGCUACUAGAGGUGGCUACUAGGAAUCAUGGGAGAUAUGAAAUAAAUCUGUGACUACAAACUUAAAGUUCAAACUGCAAACUUGAUUCUGGUAAAGCCAUGUAAAAAUACAUUACUUUUUAUUUCAGGAGACUAUUUUUGGACACAUGGCUAUAUAGUUAAGUCUUGGCAAACUGUGGGUCACUGCACAGUGAGGUCAGGCCAUGACAGCAAAUAAAGUCUAGAGUUGAUUUUGCAACUCGAGCUGUCAUCUCUUCAUAUAAGAAUCAAAGAAGAGUCUGAAGUUUAAAUCAGUCAGAUACAUAGUCACAACCUUAGGUGCGUCAAAAAUCACCUGCUUGAUAAAUUGAUAAAUUAAGAAGCAAGCAUGUAUUGGUAAACUUUGCAAUAAGCAAGUAAUUUGGCAGAUCACAAAAUGCCACAAUAGUAACUUUCUGCAACAAGGAAACCUGUUGAACAGCCUUAGAAUACUAGGGAAUUUACCCGAAGAUACAAACCACUGGUAAAAAUUACAUAAAAAUCCAUGAAGUUAUGGGACACGAUGUUAUGGACAGAUGCGUCAAAGACUACUCGGAGAUGGAAUGGUGAAAGUGGGGGAUAAAGGAACUGCUUAUGAUAUAACGUGUACAACUUCAGUGUGAAACACUGUAGCAAGGGUGUGUAUG